AUGCAGCUCACAACCCUGUUUACUGUCUGCGUCGCUGCCCUGGCCAGCACCGCCGCUGCAAUGCCCCGUCUUUCCGGGGCAUACCACGGUGCCCGUCUCUCUGUCCGUGUCCCCACCAAUGAAACUAGUUCCUACAACGCCACUACAACGGGUACACGGGGCAAGGCUCCCCUGUCAACAGGAACAGCUCAUGGUAGUCGUGUGAAUGUCAACCGUUGCCAUGAGCUGUGCUCUUUGCAGUCUCAGACCUGCUCGAUUGCUGUACCGGAUGAUGAUAAGUUUUGCUGGUCGGUUUACUUGCAAUGCACGGAGAAGUGUCACCCCGAGAAUUUUACUUGA